CACUGUGGCACCCCUACACCACACCGUAUAGGAACAUUCCUCCCGCGAAAGGAGAAACUUUUUUGCAGUGCGCAAUUUCUAAAUUUUGCGUCAAUUCCAUCUUCAUAGGCUCAAACCAGUUUUCUCCAUUGAAUUCGAUCGUUAAUCGUUCGAUUUCUCCGUUUCUUCCAAUCGGUCAACCCCUAAUUUUCGCCAUUUCUCAGCUCGCUUGUCCAAAACUGAGUAUCACACCUUUUGUUCUUCACCUUCUACAGAUCUCUCGGUCGGUUUUAAUUUUGCUUUUUAGGCUUUUUGAUCUCAUUCAUUUGAGGAUUCUGCUGGAUCAGUUGAGUUUGGAUAUUGAGGAAAAUUUCUGUGAUCAUAGCUGGAUCUGGUAGUGCUAUCUUACAAUCAUGAAUCCGUUUUCCUCCGGCACGCGAAUGAGGGACAUGAUUAGGGCCAUACGUGCAUGCAAAACUGCAGCUGAGGAACGAGCGGUUGUAAGAAAAGAAUGUGCUGUAAUUCGAGCUGCAAUAAGUGAAAAUGAUCAAGAUUAUAGCCAUCGCAAUUUGGCAAAGCUCAUGUUUAUUCACAUGCUUGGAUACCCAACACAUUUUGGUCAAAUGGAGUGCCUUAAGUUAAUUGCUACAGCAGGAUUCCCAGAGAAGAGAAUAGGAUAUCUUGGCCUUAUGUUGCUUCUUGAUGAAAGACAGGAAGUUCUGAUGCUUGUCACCAACUCAAUAAAACAAGAUCUAAACCACACAAACCAGUAUAUUGUUGGACUUGCUCUUUGUGCCUUGGGAAACCUCGGCUCUGCAGAGAUGGCUCGUGAUCUUGCCCCAGAUGUUGAAAGAUUACUUCAAUUUAGAGACCCUAAUAUAAGGAAAAAAGCAGCCUUAUGCACAAUAAGGAUAAUUAAGAAAGUACCAGACCUGGCAGAGAACUUCAUAAAACCUGCAGCUGUCUUACUGAAGGAAAAGCAUCAUGGAGUCUUAAUAACAGGAGUCCAGCUUUGCACAGAUCUCUGCAGAGUCAGUGAAGAGGCUCUUGAAUAUUUUAAAAAGAAAUCCAUUGAUGGCUUAGUCAAACUUCUAAGGGAUCUUACGAACAGCCCAUAUGCACCUGAGUAUGAUAUUUCUGGGAUUACAGAUCCUUUUCUUCACGUUCGAUUGCUUAAGCUCUUACGUGUUCUGGGAGAAGGAGAUGCUGAUGCUAGUGAUAGCAUGAAUGAUCUUCUUGCCCAGGUGGCAACCAAAACCGAGUCAAACAAAAAUGCUGGGAAUGCCAUCCUCUAUGAAUGUGUUGCUGCUAUCAUGAGCAUUGAAGAUAAUGGAGGGUUGAGGGUACUUGCUGUCAAUAUACUGGGAAGAUUUUUGUCCAGCCGGGACAACAAUAUCAGAUAUGUCGCAUUGAAUAUGCUGAUGAAAGCUAUGGCAUUAGACAGUCAAGCAGUGCAGAGGCAUCGAGCCACGAUUCUUGAAUGUGUAAAGGAUCCAGAUGCUUCAAUUCGUAAAAGAGCCCUUGAGCUUGUUUAUCUUCUGGUAAAUGAAAACAAUGUGAAGCAGAUGACGAAGGAUCUUGUUGACUAUCUUGAAGUUAGCGACCCUGAAUUUAAGGGAGACCUUAGUGCAAAAAUUUGCUCUAUUGUGGAGAAGUUUUCCCCUGAGAAAAUAUGGUACAUUGAUCAGAUGCUGAAGGUCCUAUCAGAGGCUGGAAAUUAUGUGAAGGAUGAUGUGUGGCAUGCCCUUAUUGUUGUAAUUACUAAUGCUCCCAAUCUCCAUGGUUACACAGUAAGAUCGCUGUACAAGGCUGUACAGACGACAACUGAACAGGAAACUCUUCUUCGUGUAGCUGUUUGGUGUGUUGGAGAAUAUGCAGACCUGCUGAUUAGUAAUGCUGGAAUGCUUGAUAUAGAGGACCCAAUAACUGUAACAGAGGCUGAUGCUGUUAAUGUUGUAGAAACUGCAAUUGGACGUGAUUCUUCCGAUCUCACAACUCGAGCUAUGUGUUUGAUUGCUUUGUUAAAGCUAUCAAGUCGUUUCCCUUCCUUAUCAAAGAGGAUAAGCGACAUUAUUCAUAGUCAUAAACGGAGCCUUGUGCUUGAACUGCAACAGAGAGCAAUUGAGUUCAAUUCUAUUAUUGGGAAGCAUGAGAAAAUCAGGUCUGCCUUGGUAGAAAGGAUGCCAGUACUUGAUGAGGCAACUUUCAGUGGGAGGAAAGCUGGCUCUGUGCCAAAUGCAGUUUCAACUUCACAAGGAGCUCCACCGAAAAUUCCUAAUGGGGUUGCCAAACCUGCACCUCCUCUAGUCGAUUUACUUGAUCUUAGUUCUGAUGAUGUUCCAACCACUGUCUCUGCUGGUGGAGAUUUUCUUCAUGAUCUACUUGGAGUUGAUAUGUCCCCAGCGCCUUCACAAGGAACUAACCAGACAAAGAAAAGUGGUACAGAUAUGUUGCUGGACCUUCUGUCAAUUGGAGAUCCUCCAGCCCUAAGUAACUCAUCCACACUCGAUAUUUUGUCCACAAGUCGGGAUAACCAAAGUGCUGGGGAUCUUUUGGGGAAAUCGCCGACACCCCAACCUUCAGUGAAAGCUUCCACCCCUGCUGGAAGCUCUUCAAUGAUGGAUUUGUUGGAUGGUUUUGGAGCCGCCCCAUCUGUACCUGUUGCAGUAACCAACGCCCCAACCUAUCCAUCAAUUGUUGCAUUCGAGAGCAGCUCCCUGAAAGUAACUUUCAACUUCUCAAAGGAUCCUAGCAGCCAACAAACCACACUAAUCGAGGCUCAGUUUACGAACAAGUCACCCAAUAUCUACUCAAAUUUUGUAUUCCAGGCGGCAGUUCCCAAGUUUCUUCAGUUGCACUUGGAUCCUGCUAGCAGUAAUACUCUUCCUGCAAGUGGUGAUGGAUCUAUCACACAGACAUUGCGGGUUUCAAACAGCCAACACGGCAAGAAAUCUCUUGUUAUGCGUAUGAGAAUAAAUUACAAGGCGAACAACAAAGACGUUCUCGAGGAGGGUCAGAUCAACAACUUCCCCCGUGGCUUGUGAGAAAACUGCCCGACACUUGACCUUAUUACGCGUGUUAAUUUUCACAGAAAAGAAGCAUCAUUGUAAUCGGCACAGCACCAUUUCAACCGGGUGCCCUUCGAAUGCAUCUAUUUACAAUUACGCGUCACCUCUUCCCUGAGUGGGUUAGUUUUGUGUCCAUUGUUACAAGAAAAAUGUCGUUAAAAAAGUUUUGUGCCAACACUUAUUUCUCCACAACAGGUCUUGAAAUCUGAAUUGUGUUGGCCUAAUUUCCUAUAGAACUGUCUGUAUUCAAUCCAAGAAACAUUUUUGUAACUUAGACUUGUUAAAAAAGUUCAAAUUUUGGAGCAUUGUGUCUUAA